GGGAGUAACGUAACCUUACAUAACCUGUGUUUUUGACGCUUAAAUUUGGUAGAAGAAUAAUUGAAUAAUGUUCACUUUUUGUUAGUUUUCCUACAAUGUAAGUGUUUUUAAAAAAAGGGAAAGCUUGUGUGUUCAAUUCAAUGACUUUUUUUUUAAUUCAAAGACGGUUUCACUAUGGGGAGAAGCAAGAAUAAACGAAAUUCCAAGUUUGCCCCUCAAGCUAGCAAUCUAGAAACUGGAACUAUGAAAAACAAAUUUGCUGCUAUUGCUAGAAGUAAAGCACUACAAAGGCGAAAGAAUACUAUUUUGGAAGAGUAUAAACAUCGUAAUAAAAAGAGUUACAUUGCUGAUAAACGUCUUGAUUCUGCUGGAAGUAGAUAUGCUGCCCUUAAGGCAAAAAGUUAUAAAACUGAUUUUAAUGCCACUCUGUCUAAUGAGCAUUUAACUCAUGGUGGGAGAACGUUAAAUGAAAUAGAAAAUUUUGAAGAUGUAGGCUCUGAAGAUGAAGAGAUUGGAGGCUUGGACCGUGACUUUGUGGAGAGUGCUCAUUUUGGUGGUGGUAUGUUAAAUAAAUCCAAUAAAAGAGGUGAGUCCUCAUAUAAAGACGUAAUAGAGCAAUUGAUAAUCGAAUCUAAAAGAAAGAAAGAGGAACAAAAGAAAACAAAAGAGCAAACUAGCGAAUUGACUAAAGAAUUGGACAGCAAAUUGCAACCCUUGAUGUCGCUUUUUAGCAAUAAUUAUAAACAGAUUCAAUCUAAUGACAUUGAUGAAUAUGAUAAUAAAAUGAAAGAACUACAGCUUGAUAGAUCAAGACCAGUAGAGAGAUCUAUUGAAGUUCCUGUCCAAAAGACUGUUAGCAGUUUACCAACUACAUAUAGCAGCUUUCAAAAUAUGCUGUCAGAAAGCCCACAUGAAAAUCUAGAAUCAGUAAUUAAAAAUAUUGUAGCAACUUGUCCAAAAGAUAGAAGACAAAUAAUUACAUUAUUUGUAUACUUGUUACAGUACAUAGACUCCAUAGCAGUCACUGCUGAAGAAAAAAAGAGUCUUAGUAAUACCUUCACUGACCUUUACAAAGUCAUAAUUGAUUGUCUGUUUGAAUUAGUUCCCUCAGUGACCGAUUUACAUAUGGUAAUAGAGAAAAUAAUAGUGGAAAAACAUAAUGCUUACAAGGAAAAUGCAGAUGUGUUUCCUGGAUUAAAUAUUUUGUUCUUUUUAAAAACAAUCAGCUGCUUAUUCUCCAACAGUAACAGUACAAUUGGUUCAAUUUGUGUGGCCUUUAUUGACCAAAUGCUAACAAAUUGUAAGACUGAAAGUCUUAAAAAUAUUUCUUAUGGUUUGUUUUUGGUAUCCACAGUAUUGCAGUAUGGAAAAUCAUCUGAGGGAUAUUUACCAUCAGCAUUUAGUUUUUUAAUUGGUGUGCUGUAUAUGGCAAUACCACAAGAUAAAAGGGACAUUAUAAAAGAAUCUUCAUCAACUGUAGAUCUCGUUGUAACUGAAAACAGUAAAAGUAAUAAAAAACCUAUUGAAUUUUUAAGUGUAUCUGAUUUAUUAACAGAUACUUUGUCGACUGAUUCAUUUAAAUUAAAAAUUAUACAUACAACAUUAAAGCUUUUGAAAGAUGUAAUAAAGUAUAUUGAGGGACUUCCCUCUGAAAUUGAACUGUUAGAAUCGUUCUGUAAAAUGCUGCAACUGUUACCAUGGGAAACUUAUCCAAAAGAAACGAAAAAAAGUUGCAGUGAGUUUGUAAAGAUGUUGGAAGAAAAAAAAGGCAACAGGAAACUUAAUUUCUUAGUACAGGAAAAGAAAAAACCACAAGCUUUACGUCUUUAUGAACCAAAUAUUCAAAAAGUAUAUGAGCAUAAAAGAACUAGAGGGACAUCUAAAGGAGACUCUGAACAAACCGUGUUGGUACGUAAGUUGAAAAAGGAAAGAAAAGGAGCCGUUAGGGAAUUAAGAAGGGACAGAGUGUUCUUGGCUAAAGUUAAAAUAGAUGAGCAAUUACGAAGUGAUAAGGAACGAUAUGCAAAAAUUAAAAGAAUUUACUCAGAAGGAAACGUUCAACAAGCAGAGUUGAACAUACUGAAAAAGAAGAAAGGCAAAAAGUGAAUUUGAGGAAAUCUAAAAUUAAUUUUUUUAAUGCAAUUUGUUAUUCGUAUAUUUUCUGUUAAUUAUAGCUGUUUAGUGAUGCAAAAAUUAAUUACUUAAAUAAGUUAAAAUUAAAAGACUUUUUUUACUAAAAUGUAUCUAAUUAGUAAUUACAAUCUUCAAUACAUAGUAUUUAUUUUUAACUUCAAAUUAAAUGGUUUAUUUUUCAAUAUAAAUUGAAUGUAAGAUCUAAGGUUUUUAUACUAAUGCUAAAAGAAAAUCAAGAAUGGGAUAAAAAUUGUCUUAAAAAUGUAUUGGAAAUCUUUUCCAUGUUUGUAAAAAAUAGGAUUAUAAAAAAUUAAAAAUAUCUACUGCCAAAGGUUGUCCCCAUAAUUUUUAAAUACUUUUACGUAUACAUGUACAAUAAAACCAUUAAUACUAAUUAAAAAUCUGUUCAGUGCUAAUACAAAGGCUCUAGUGCAUCCCUGAAAAGCUAUCGUCAUCAUAAGACCGAUUGAUUACGACACACACAUCCACUCUUGCUGCCUAUCCCAAACCAAUCUUCACAUUUCUCUAAAAUCAGAACAUUGCUAACCAUUUGUGAACGGUGAUAUAGAUCUAGAAUCUAGUUCUUCCUCUGCCCCUCUGUGCUCCUGUUAGUUCAUUUAACAUUCGUGUUACUAGUUCUUUACGUGUAGGCAACCCACCGUACGUAUAGAUGCGUCAGGAGGCCUAUAGUUGAUUGUCUAAAUUGUGCUAGUAACGAAGAAUAGAAUCUAGAUCAAGAAGAGGGAAGAAGCGAUUUAAGGGG